AUGGUCGAUGUAAUUCACCGCAUCAGAAGCAGCUGGCGUCGUAAGGGUGACGAGCCCACCUUGGCGAAGUCCAAAACACGCCCAUUGCAGCAUCCGCCGACCGAUCGAGCAAGUUCUGAAUCUGCUGCCAUUCCCUCUGCCACUCAAUUGUCCACAUCCGUGGCCUCGCGACCUGAGACCUCUACCCCAGGAAAGAGAUCUGAGCUGUGCGCAUAUUUUAUCAAGACAAAAGAAGGCACUUCAAUGGAGCAGUUCCAGGCAUGGAUUCAGGAUCUCGACGGCGCAGCAGGGCAAUCAAUAGCUUUCGAGCUCGUCCCUCACCAGAGCUACGUCACCUACCUUACUACAGCACAGGCCGAAGACAUCAAGCAGCUCGAUUUCAUUGCUGGUAUUUGGGAGCAUGUGCCAGUGGACCAGCUGACACCCGAUACUUUUUGA